AUGAACUGCCUGACAACACUCGAAUUCUGCCGUUUGCACGAGCGGCCAGAAUUAUACACAUAUGCCGCCUCUUUGCUAGACACUGCCUGGCCUCGAAGUUAUACCGCGCGCUUAGUCACGUUCGAACGGUCUAAGGAUACUUUACCAUGUGUGUACGUGUAUGUACGUAGGUAUAACGAGGGGACGUGUGAAGAUAGUACUCGUGCUGCGAGCAAUGAAUUGACGUCAAUCGAAAACCAGCCUGCAGACCGGGAUACAAAUGUUGACGCUAAAUUGGCAGAUAUAGAAAGACUCCCUCAGACGGAAAGUCUGGUUGACGAGCCCAAUACAAAUGAAGCUCAAACAGAGGAGAAAAAUGUGCAUGCUCCAAGUACGUGUACCGAAAGCGAGGAAUCUGGCAGCGCGACAGGGAAAGUGUUGGCUCUGGCACAGGUGUGCUUCCCGCACAAACCUGGACAGGUGGUAAUUCAGAGUGUUAUUGUGCAUCCGACACUAAGGGGAAAGGGUGUGGGCGCAGCACUACUUGGGGCCGUCGAGAGAGAUAUACAUGAACGGAAUGGGGUGACUAGAGUGCAUCUGAGUACUACUGAUAAAGUUUGGUUCUAUAAGAGGUGUGGGUAUAAAGUGGUUGGACUGCGUAUGUGCAUGUGUAUGUCUGAGUGUGCGUGUAGCUGCGAAGGCGAGCUGAAGGACAGUUGUGUGGUAAAAGGGUUGACCGCGGACCAAACACCAACACUCACCAGCUUCGGUGGCAACAACCCGGUUACCAAUGUACUAUGUAACAGUAUAUCAGGUAUGAAGAUGUCAGAGACAAACAAACAUAUAGCUUCAGGCACAGACAAUCCAAUAGGCACAGACAAAAGUCCAAGGUUCCCACCCCCACCCCCAACCCCACCCCCACCCCCGCCUUCUGUGGUUGCGAUAAAGCCGAAUCCCGAUAGCACAUAUAUCACACAGACUUGGAUGUGUAAAUCCCUGCAAGACGAAUCAGAACAGACGCUGUGUAAAUAA